AACCUAAUCAUAUGUCCCACACGAAUGCACAGAAGCAAGUCGUCACACAUAGUCCCGAGGACACCGAGGAGGAGGAAAAUGAAUUAUCCGCGGACGUUCUUUCAUUUCCUAUUCCUUUUCCAGGUAGUAACGGAUGAAUGCGUCGGUCACAGUGAUGGCGUUAUGGGUGAUAUUCAGUUCAAGUGUCCUAGUGGUUGCGUAUUCUAUCAAGGUUACUGCUACAGGAAGAUGACAGUCCCGAUGACAUGGGAGGACGCUAUGACAACCUGUUUACGAUCAGGAAUGUACUUCCCCUGGAUAGAAGAUGACAUUGAAAACGAGUAUGUCGCGACCAAAGUGAUGUCAAAUAUCCCCCAGUAUUGGAUAGGCCUGUCUAAAACACCAACAGCAGGUCAAGAGGAAAUUGUGUGGUCUCAGCAUAGGAUGUCAGAAAACAAACCCAUCUCAUUGGUUCAGGGGCUAUGGAAAAACUUGCAACCAAUGGAAUUCACAGGCGAUUACCAAUGUGUUUCCACCUUGAAAGAUAAGGAAGACAACCACUGGACUGUAACAAACUGUAGAGGGAAGCUUCCAUUUGUCUGCAAGCUCAUGGGAGCACCUAACCCUCACGAUAUAAUAUUUUGUGGAAAUAGAGGCUACAUACAUAAGAAUUGGUUAUGUGAUGGACAGAAUGACUGUGGAGAUAUGUCGGAUGAAAAUAACUGUCCACAGUUCUGCUCUGAAUUAAGAACAGUAGAGAAGGGUGGAACAGGCUCAGUAACAAUGUCUACAAGUCAACCAACAUAUACAAACAAUGCCUUCUGUACCUGGACUAUACAGGCACCAGUUGGUGUUAGAAUUAAGGUCACAAUAAGUAGCACAUUUCACCUGGAGGAUAAUGCUGAUGUGCUCCGCAUAUGGACUGGGGGCAUAACGUUGAAAGAGAGUAAUUUCUUGGGGAGCUUAACAGGGAAUCUUCAAACACAGCAGGAAUUUUACUCCCAGAAUAAUUAUAUUAUCAUGCAGUUAAGCAUGGAUAAUUCUAAUGUCCGAGGUGGAUUCACUGCAGACUAUACAACAGUUGAUGAGACCAAAAUUUGGAAUGGAAUAAAACCACUAACAGCAAACAGUAACUGGCAGACACUGGAAUCACCGCUGUAUGGCAAAGCUGUUUCCUUUGGGUUACAGUUGGAGUGGUUAAUAGUAGCAGAAUCAGAUAAUAUUGUAUCAUUGGAGUUCACAGAAGUGGAUCUUCCUACGAGCAGUUCCCUGAAAAUCUAUGAUGGAGAGGGUCUUACGGCACCUCUUGUUUUUUCAUUGACCAAAACUCCUGAAGAUCCCAUAUACAUUUCUCAGAAACAAUCUGUAAGAAUUGUGAUGUCAACAGAUCACCAUGAGUAUGCAAAGUAUCGUGGCUUUCAGCUCAAAUAUAAACAAGGCUGCACUCUGGAAUUGAAACAAGAAGGAACCAUUUAUUCACCUGGAUAUCAACUGAGCAGUUAUCCUUCCAAUGUGACUUGUACAUGGGUCCUGACACGAAACAGUGGAGAAACCAGACCUAUUUCCCUUCGUUUCGCAGAAUUUAAACUGAAGUCUGAUUCUGAUUUUAUAGAGAUCUACAAUGACACGGCAGGAACUGCUUUGCAUACAGGAAGUGGAUUGACGGGAACCAAUGCUAUUACAGAAAUAUUUAGUUCUACUGAUGGUCAUCUAAAUGUGACUUUCAAGUCCAAUCUGGUUUUGGUGGAAAAAGGAUUUAAAGCUGAAUUUUCUAUUGAUUGUCCCAUGUUAAUACUGUCAGAGUGGACAAUCAAUUCAAAAUCAGAAAAAUACACAGGCUUGCACACAGUUAUCACUCUAUCAUGUAAGUCAGGCUACUCAUUUAAACAAGAGGAAUACAACAGGAAGAGUUCUGUUGACCUGAAGUGUUUACCUGGAGGAAAUUGGAAUCUACCCAGAAUACCUGAUUGUCAAAUUACAUACUGCAGUACCCCGCCAGCUGUUCAAAAUGGAAUAUUGAAAGAAGCAACAGGCCCAAAAGUGGGAGAUAAUGCAACAUACGAAUGCAAUGGAGGCUUCACUAUAGGUGGCUCACCUGUAAUACAGUGUAAGGAGAAUGGGAUGUGGGAGACACCACCUCAGUGCUAUGCUCAACAAUGCAGUCCAAUAACUAAGCCUACUAAUGGAGAAAUAAAUACAACUGCUGGGAGUGGUACAGAAUAUGCCUCUGUGUUGAUGUUUAGCUGUGAUCCAGGAUAUGACCUCGUAGGAUCUGUAUACAUCCACUGCAAAUCAGACGGCAACUGGUCGCAUCCUGUCCCAACUUGUCAGAAGAUAAAAUGCCCCAUACCACAGGUAAUGUAUGGUAUGGUGGAGGCUAGUGGUGAUGUAGAGUAUAAAGGGACAGCCAAACUCAACUGCAGUUCUGGAUUUAUUGUGAAUGGCACUAAUAGUAAUCAAAGAGAUGUCCCAUGUGGGAGUGAUGGACUGUUUUCAGCUCUGGAUCCUUGUGUCAACGACGAUGAAUGCUCAUCUAAUGAUCCAUGUGUUAGUUUUUCUAACAAUGAGUGUGAAGAUACCUUUGGUUCUUAUGUAUGUAAUUGUAAAGAUGGUUAUGGAAGACCAGGAGCAACAGGACCUUGCUUAGAUAUUGAUGAGUGCAGUAAUGAUAAUGGAGGAUGCAGUCAAAACUGCGAAAACAGCCCAGCAGGCUCAUUUCGCUGUGUCUGUCAAAUGGGAUAUCAGUUGUAUACAGAGAUGGGCUUCAAUAACAUCAGCUUGGCAGAAGGAGAAACUGGGACAAAAGCAAGAGAUAAAAUCAGAGUAAACUAUACAUGUGUCCGGGCUCAGUGUCCGACACCAAUACCUCCUACAAAUGGCAAGAUACUGAGCAACAAGCAAUUUUUCUACUACGAGGAUGAAAUAAUGGUGGAAUGUGACCAUGGCUACUUUCCAGAUCCUCUGAAGACUAAAUUGAAAUGUGGCGUGGAUCAGAGUUUUGGGAAGUGGUCAACUGAUAUGACAAAUUGUACAAAGGGAACCUGUAUGACACCUACUCUUAAUUCAGAUCCUUAUUACAAUAAGAUUUUCCCAAGUGAGAAUUCAGCUGUUGAAUUUGGAACUGAAGUUAUCAUUGAGUGUAAAUAUGGAUCAAAAUUUCGGAACCUGUCCUUGUAUUGUGGAGAAAGUUCGCUGUCUAAGUAUAAUCUUCUUGGAGACAAUCUUACAUGUCCAGUGAUUGACUGUGGGACUCCAGAGCAGGUUCCUGGUGCCAAUCUGUACAGCUAUACCAAUACACUUUUUGGUAGUACAUUCAACUAUAGCUGUCAGUCUGGUUCAAUUCUUAGUGGAGAAUCAGUGAAUGGAGACUACAGAGUCACUUGCCAGGAGAAUGGACAGUGGAGUUUUGGAAAUCUCACUUGUACAGGUGGGCGUUGCACAGAUCCAGGCACACCAGGGGGAGCUUUUCAGGUAGUCAGGAGCUAUGAGGCUGGGGAAAUCCUUAGUUUUAGAUGUGAACGUUCAGGAUAUCAACCAGUGCCAUCAUCGCCUUUCCUGUGUGAAGAACGAGGAACCAACAAUGCCACUUGGAAUUCCACUAUAUCACCAUUACCAAUGUGCACAGAUGUCACUCCACCAAUGUUCAAAGAUUGUCCUAAGACCAUCUACAUUGAUAAAAUGGAAGCUGUUAGUUUUGUUGUCCCGACAGCAACAGAUAACUCGGGGCUGGUGAAGAAUGUGACAGUGGAUCUUUCUAACUUCAAACCUGGAACAGUGAUAUCUACUGAUACAAAUGUCACCUAUACAGCAGUGGACAACAGUGGAAACGUUGCAACUUGUACAAUCAGCUUCAUCCUCAAAGAUCGCCAGAGACCUGGAUUGAUUUGUAAUGCAGACAGACCAAUAAAACUCUCUAUAAACACAACAUCCGGAGCUACAAUAGAUGUAUUUCACUAUGUCAGUAACAUUUCUGCGUUGAUAUAUGAUCCUGGUCGCUAUAUAACUGUUGACACAUCAACCCUUAAUGCUCCACAACAAGUUAAAGUUACUGCAAAAACUCAGUGGGGUACAGAAGGAAAGUGUUCGUUGCUGAUAUAUACCGAAGCUGAAGUCUGUUUUACGGAGAGCUUGUCACCUGUUAGCAAUGCGAAAAGAGGGAAUUGUCUAACUUCUGAUGGAAAUAUAAUAUGUCCUUACACAUGUAACGAUGGAUAUGUUUACUAUGAUGGAAACACUACCAAGACAUACUCUUGCUCAGGAAAAAAUAAUUGGUCUCCCUCUUCUAAACCUGAAGACUGUUUACCGACUCAGUCUCCAUCCUACAAAGCAGAGUUUCAAGUGAAAUAUGCGAUCGGUACAUUAGCUGCACCAUGCUUAGAUGCCUUUGAGAAGUCUAUAGCUGCAUCUAAUCUUACAAUUGCUGGAAAUGUGGAUACUAGGUGUAUUGCCUUGGAUGUAGGAAAGUUUGUGAUUAAAAGUUUCACAUCCACGGCAUUACAUUUUGAGAUUGAUGUUAAAUUCAAAGGAGAAUUUCUUGGAAACAAAAGUGAUUCAAAUAGAGACUUCUGCACAGGUGUUGUGGCAGCAGUACCAAGCACUUUUCUACACUCAACAUCAGUGCAGUGUCCAUCAGAAACAGCAUCAGUGACAGUCACAUCUAUGACAAAGACGGAUUCAGGAAAUAAAUGCUCGGAAAAUAUGAAUCUUAUAAAUACUGACUCUGGAAAUCAACAGUGUGUUCCAUGUCCACAGGGGAUGUAUUUCACUGCCAACAGCUGUCGGACAUGUCCGGAUGCUCAGUAUCAAGACGCAGCAGGCCAGUCAAUGUGUAAAGACUGUCCAGCAAAUACUGUAUCUAGGGAUGAUAGAACUGGGUGUACAGCCCAAUGUCCACUGGGCUCAGUCUCAAAGGAUGGAAUGACUGGUUGUCAGCCCUGCAAAAAAGAUGAGUACUGGAUGAAUGCUACACAUUGUGAACCAUGUCCAGCUGGUUAUGUCACAGACCCUCUGCUAAAUGGAGCAACUAAUAUUGGAGAAUGUAAAGUUCCUUGUCCAGCUGGAAAGUACUCCCUGAAUGGGUAUGAACCAUGUCAGGACUGUCCCCUUCAUCACUACCAAACAGAUGAGGGAAAAACAAUGUGUAGCGAAUGUUCACAGGACCAAAGGACUCUAACAACCGGCAAGAAUAGUUCCUCUGACUGUGUUGUCUUUGAUCCAGCAGAAUGUAAUACAACAAAGAAGAACUGUGGAAAUGGAAAAUGCCACUUUCUAAACCAUGAAGCAGUUUGUGCUUGUUAUGAAGGAUACAGUGGUGAUUCAUGUGAAACUGCUCUUGAAGUUUGCCAAUCCAUGCCUUGUUUUAAUGGAGGAACCUGUGUUCGAGAUGGCAGCAGCUUUAACUGUACAUGCCCUUCAUUGAAAAGUUGCAUACUGCAGGAACGGAGUGGUAGUUUUGUUGUUGAUGAUGCUGAUUAUGAAAGAGCACAAAAGAAGUCCCUCGCUCUCUGUAAAGAAGAAUGUCUACAAGAGGAGAAAUGCAAAGCUAUAUACCACCUGAAUAGCUUUUGCUUCAUUAUAUACAAGGAUCUUUCUCCAAAAGUCUACGUCUCUGGAGGUUCUCGAUACUUUGACAAAAUAUGUAAUCACACAUAUUUGUUUAGUGGUAAGCAGUGUGAGACUGACUUGAAUGAUCAGUGUAAACCAGACAGUUGCAGAUCACAUGGGAUGUGUCAAGACAAAGCAGAUGGUCAACUUGUCUGCCUGUGUCCUAUUGUUGGGGAAUAUUCCCAACCAAGAUGUGACUUGGUGCAGAAUCUGUGUUCACCAAACCCUUGUCAGAAUGGUGCUAGUUGUGUCUCCUGGGGUGCUGUCAGAAGACAGUGCAUUUGUAAAGCAGGUUACUCAGGAGUGAACUGUUCAGUGAAUGCAAAUGACUGUGAUUCCCACAGAGAUGGUUGUUUGUAUAAUGGUACAUGUAAUGAUGGUGUCGAUAGCUACACCUGUGGCUGCAGGUCUGGAUUCAGUGGAAGACAUUGCCAGGUCACCAAAAAUUUCUGUAGCAAUACACCAUGUCCAAAUGGUGGAUGUGUUAAUGACUACACAACACUAACACCUAAAUGUUUCUGUGAUUACCCAUACCAGUUAGUUUCAUAUUUGGUAGCCAAGGGUAAAAGGAGAGAAGCAGGUGGUCAUCUCUGGCUAACAAAGAAGGAACAUGUUAUAUACCAUGGAAGUAAUGGUAAAUGUGAGUUGAUGGAUUUAUGUAACAACACUGUCUGUAACAAUGGUACUUGUGACGCACAGACAGGAAAGUGUAGUUGCAAUCCUGGCUAUGAAGGUUCUUCCUGUCAACACAGUGAGGAUGACUGCAAGACUAUGCCUUGUAAAAAUGGAGGGAAAUGUGUAGAUGGACACCGAGACUACACUUGUGAGUGUGUCUCAGGAUUCACAGGGAAGAAUUGCGAUGAGGAUCCAAAUGAUUGUCCAGGAUCCUGUGACAUGACAAAAACAGCAGAAACUAAAGAUAAAAUCAAUGGCUGUGAAUGUGUUUGUAAACCAGGAUAUACCAGCAAAAACUGUUCAGAGGAGAUAGAUGAGUGUGCCAGCUUCCCUUGUAAACAUGGAGCCAUGUGCACUGAUCGCAUCAAUGGUUACCACUGUAACUGUUCAGAGGGCUGGAGUGGAACCAGAUGUGACCAGCAGAUUGAUUUUUGUCAAUCCACAUCCAAUAAGUGUCUGAGCGGAGAUUGUUACAACUUAAUUGAUGAUAAAUACUGCAGAUGCAGCGCUGGUACGCGGGGUGACACAUGUGAAGUUAUCCCUGAUGUGUGCAGUAUUAUCUCCCCCUGUUCAACAACAGGCUCCUGUAAAAAUGUUAAUGGAACAGCAUCAUGUUCAUGUCAGACUAACUAUGCUGGAGAUUCAUGUCAGCUGAUAAAAGACUUCUGCACAGCAACCACUAAUUGUUUGUAUAACAGCAUGCCUAAUACAGGAACUUGUACCAAUCUGGAGAGUGGAGGGUUUGAAUGUACAUGUCAAUCAGGUUACUCAGGAACUUCUUGUCAAACUCAGACUACCUUGUGUUCCACAUUGAACUGUGGCAGUGCAAUGUGCAAUGAGGAAAUAGGUUGUUACUGUCCAGAAGGGAAAGUCUUGGCAGAGAAUAAAGCUUGUAAAAGUCCGUCAAGCGAUUUUGAUAUGUUAUUUGAUAUCCAGAUGGGAGAUGAGGGGGCAUCUACUAAAGCUGUCUUACCUGAUGUCUCCAGUGAUUUGUCUUUCAUGUUGUGGGUUAGAUUCAGUAAAGAUCAAAAGGAAACUGAAGAUGCUGUGCUGUUAAAACUUGGGGAUUUCAUGGAAGUUAAGAACAACACCAUUGUAUUUAUGAAUGCAACGAAAACACACACUGUUGAUAUUGAGUACAACGGAGCUCCGAUUCAAAUGGAUGAUGGUGGCUGGCAUUUUAUUGUGGUGUCUUGGAAGCAGAAUGGAAACACUUUGAUCUUGGUGGAUAACAUACACAUUUCUGAUGACAACUCUUUAACAAUCACACUUCCCAAAGAGUUAAAUGUGGAAGUUGGGAAAAAGUUUGGAGGAAGACUGUCACAAGUAAAGUUAUGGGCUAAUAGCUUACAGAGUAGUGACAUGUUCAAGCUUCACAAUAACAAGGACUAUGUGCCUGCUGGGUCCGUGGUCAUUUAUGGUUGGUACAACUACAAGAUGAGCAAAGGAGUUGUUAAGAAGAUCCCUUCACAAAUUCAGAAAGAAGUUUGUGAUGUUCCUGCUUGUUCACAGUCAGAUAAAAUCAAACCUAUGAUAAAAGGAUGUGCUUCAGACAGUGCCACAUACUCUCAAAGUAGAAUCUUUGAAUUCACACAGCCAAGAUUUGACUCCAUGUUUGAUGGUUUCAAUGACAGCUUGUCUUUAUCCUCGCAUCCAAAAAGUAAUACCUUUACCUGGGGUGGUUACAACUGGCUAUUUGUGGCUUCUGAUAAUGAUGGAAAUACAGCCGUGUGCCACAGCAAGCUGUAUGUUAAAUAUAAUACUGACUGCCCACCUCCAAGAACAUCCUCCCCAUCAUCAAUUAAGUAUUGUACCUCAAGCAAAAGUAUUUGUGAAUUUAAAUGUACUGGUACCCAAGAGCUAUCUCGCCCUACUCCAAAAUAUAAGCUGUGCUCUGAGCUGGGUGUGUACAAUCCGUUACAACCACAAGAGAAGUUUGUGUUGCCAUCUUGUGGAGACACAGAUGUGACUACAAUUCAAGUAGAUGUCUCCAUGAGGUAUUCUUUUAUGGUCUCUUGUUCAGAGACUUUUGAAUCAUCGAUGAAAAGUGCUCUACAGACAGAUUUCCAGACUUCAGUAUUUAAUGCUUGGAAUAAUGUGUGUACAACGUCUGCAUGUGCCAAUGUGGAAAUCAUGCCAGCCUGUGUUUUUGGCACCCAAGAGAUGAUUGUCACAAUGAAAAUUAAAAAUUUAAGAAAUGGAAUCACAAGGAAGCAAACUGGAUCUGACACCUACACACCAAAAGAAGUCUUCAGGGUCUUGAUAUUUGUAGAAACUGUAUUUGAAUCUGAGGAUAUUGGUGGAGCAAAGGUGCUCAAUAACCAAGUGGUUAUUACAGAUAUUAUCUCGUGUCCAGAUGGCUACAUGGUUAUAGGAGAUAGAUGUGUGGAGUGCAGUAAAGGAACAUUUUACAAUAGCACAAGUCAAAACUGUGAGUAUUGUCCCUUGGCAACUUACGGAAAUGCAGAUGGAUUAACUACAUGUACACCCUGUGGAUCUGGGAAAACUACUCUAGGAGUUGGUUACUAUGAUAGUGCAGAUUGUGUGGAUGAUUGCCGAGUGGGACAGUUUUGGGAUAGCACUUUGUCACAAUGUGCACUCUGUCAGAAACACUUUUAUCAACACAUGACUGGACAGGACUACUGCCUGCCAUGUCCUCUGGGCAAAAAGACAAGUGGAACAGGCUCCAAUAGCUCCUCACAGUGUUACGAUGAUUGCAAAGAGGGAACAGAGCUGAAACCAGAUGGAAAUUGUGUGCCCUGUCAGCGUGGAUACUUUCGCAGUUUUCUGGAGGAUGUUUGCACUCUUUGUCCAGCAGGAAAGACGACUGCUAAGGAGGGGGGUGCUGCAAGUUCAUCACAAUGUGAUAUCACAAUCUGUUACAAUGGAGCAUAUCGUAAUUCAUCAAACGUAUGUGUUCCAUGCCCUGUUGGAGAAUAUCAGUCAAUGGAUCUCCAAGAUAGCUGUCAACAAUGCAAAACAAACUAUACAACAGAGUCUGUUGGAAAAAACAACAUCACAGAUUGUAAAUUUCAUUGUCCAAAGGGAUAUGACAUCUUGGAUGCAGCUAAUGAGACUUGUCAGCCAUGUGAAAGAGGAUAUUAUAAGGACAAUAUGAAUGUGUUCAGUACAUGUAUGCAGUGUCCUCCUGGCAACACAACAGAAGGAAUGAAAGCCACCAGCAGUGAUAACUGUUCUAUCAGUAUAUGUAGCAGUGGUCAAGAAUUAGAUCAGUUUGGUGCUUGUGUUGAUUGUGAAUUGGAUCAGUACCAGAAAAUAGAUAAACCAACAUCAACAGACAAGUGUGUGAUGUGUGAAGCAUCCAAAGGCACAAAGCAGAAAAUGUCCAACAGCUCAUCGGAUUGUCUUCCUAUGUGCUCAGAAGGAAAUUUUCAUAAUGCAACAUCAAAUGCCUGUGAGCUAUGUCCAAAAGGAACAUGGAACAAUGGAAAUUUCACCAUGAAGUUUGAGAGCUGUGUUGCCUGCCCAGUCAACAUGACCACCACUGGUCCUGGAAUGAUAUCUGCAGAUAACUGUACUCUGUUGGACUGUAGCCCUGGGUCAUACAUCAGUGACAUGGAUUGUCUCCCUUGUGACUUUGGAACCUACCAGCCAGAUCGCCACCAAACAUCCUGUAUUGAUUGUGGAACUAAUCUAAAUACCAGUGCAGUAGGAGCCACAAGUCGGACAGAUUGCCAGAUUUUCUGUCCCGCUGGUUUUGAAGGACAAGAUAACUGUACUAACUGUCAGACAGGAUUUGUCAAAAAUACAGCAGGAAUCAGCAAAUGUUCGGAAUGUACUGGCAACUAUACAUCAAAUAAGGAGUACACAAUUUGUGAUGAAUUGUUUUGUGACAAGGGUUUCUACAUAAACACUCAUCAAAACAUGUGUAUGCCUUGCGAUAUUGGAUAUUACAAGAAAGACAGAGGAAACACCGCCUGCUCUAGAUGUCCAGAGGGAUUUUUAACAAUGGAUAUGGCUUCUACAGCUAAAGUGGACUGCAGUGAACAACAAACAUCAGACUCGCCUUACAUCAUUGGAGGAGCUGUAGGAGGGGUAGCUGCUGUAGUGAUGAUAGCCCUCAUCAUUGUAGGCAUUAUCAAAUGUCUUAGAAGGUCCAAAGACUCCACUUCUAAAUAUGAAGAAGAAGCAGUUUAUACCUACAUUUUGCCUUCACAAAUGUAUGAAAUCAGCUCUAACAGAGAGUCUGUGUCCCAGUACACAAAUUUGAACCCAGCGUACACGUACGAUGAACUAUUCAACGACUCCUACUCCCACAGAAGGCCUUCACAAAUGUAUGAAAACGACUCUAACAGAGGCUUUGUGUCCCAAUACACAAAUUUGAACCCAGCAGAUAGGUACGAUGAACGAUUCACCGACUCCUCCCACGAAAGGCACUCGCAUGAUGACAAUAGCAGUGCAUAUCAAUCGCAGGAGGCUCGUGAAGUUAAUGAUCUUUGACAUCAUUUUAUCAUGAUCUGGCUGUAAACUUUAUUUUUUAAAAGAAUUAAUGUACAUGUAUUUAUCAUGAUAACCAAGUAGUAAAAAACUGCAUAUAAAAACUACAUAUUUCCAUAGUUUAUGUUUCACAUGGCAUAAGUGAUUUUCUUGAUUAUGAAUGGAUUCAGUCAUAUUGAUAAAUCACUGCUGAUUUUCCCCCCAGAAAUGUUUGUUUUGCUAGUAAUUAGCUCACCAUAGCUGAAAGCUCAAGUGAGCUAAUCUGAUCACCCGUUGUCUGUCCAUCUUCUGUCUGUAAACUUUUCACAUUUUUAAUCGGGUUGCACAAUGUGCAAAUGGCCUAUAAAAUGAUGAAUGGCGGGUGGGUGGGCGUCCCUGUAAUAGGGUACCUACUUUGUGUAAUCAACUCCUCCCACACCUCUAACUUGACGUUCCUCUAACUUUGUACAGUCGUUAUGGACACAUUGAAGAUGUGCAUGAGUCUUUUUGAAAGUGAUUAGACUUUUUUUUUUAAAUUGACAUGUAGUUGAACCUAUUUUUUAAGCAUGUCUUGAAAAGAUUGUACCUAUUUUUGUAAUCAACUUUUCUUACGGCAUUUAUUUGACAUCCUUCAGACCUUGUACAGCUGUUUGGAUGGGGUCAAACUUAGUGUAUAGUGUUUAUAUGUAAAACAUUUAAACAACAUCUUCUUUAGUGCAAUUGAUACUAAAUGGAUAUUUAGAAGGAGUACAUGUUGGUAGUCCUUCACCAAAAUUGUAAAUCCCCUGAUCCUAGGGGUUAAGGGUUUGGUCUUGGGGUGGUGUCAAAAUUAUAAUAGUGAUUUGAAGGCCUUCUUUAAGUUUGCUGAUACUGUAUAAAAUCUUAAAUCCAUACUUAGGAAUAGCAGAAAAGGUGUACAAUCUUGAAAAUGCAAAAAUAGGGUGGGUCAUUUGAAAAUAUUCUUCUCAAGAACCGCUGAGCCAGGAAAGUUUAAAUUUACAUGAAAGCUUCCUGACAUAGUAUAGAUUCAAGCUUGUUCAAAUCAUGCAACCCCACCCCGGGAUAGGGUGGGGCCUCAAUAGGGGAUCAAAGUUUUUCAUGCUAUUUAAAAAAAAUCUUUAAAAAUCUUCUCCAGAACCACUGGUCCAGGAAAGUGCAAAUUUACAUGCAUCUUGAUAUGUAGGAAAUUUAUUUAAAAAUAUCUCUUGAAUUAUUUAAGAUAGCGCUUUCAUAUUUUGUAUAUGCAUUUUUUUCUGAUAGAUCAAUGGUGUGUGACCUUGACCUUGAAGUUUGACCUACUUUUAAAAAAAAAAUCUUACCUGUACAAUAUGUCCUGAUUGAUAUAAGGCAGAUCUUUCAUGUCUUGUAUAUAUAUUUCUUUCUUGAAGACCUUUUAUUUCAUAUUGUGACCUUGAACUCAGAGUGUGAUCUACUUUUAUAAAAUAAAAUAUAACCUAUCAAAUGCAUUCACAACUAUUUGAGGUGGGGCUUUCAUAUUUUGAUUGUAGAUUCUUUAUGGCAAGACCUUGUACACAAUGGUGUUUGAUAUUUUCAGCUUGAAGUUUGACCUACAUUUUAAGAAAAUCGUAUUUAAUAUCUCCUGAACUAGUUAAGAUAGGGCUUUCAUAUUUUGUAUAUGGCUUUUUAAUGGCAAGGUGUUUUUAUUUCUUGAAGCUUGACCUUGUGACCAUGACCUUAAAGUUAGACCCACUUUUUAAAUAUCUGAUCUAGUUGAUACCUCCUGAAGUUUUUAAGAUAAAGCUUUUAUAUUGUGCAUAUAGAUUCUUUAUGGUAAGACAUUGAUAUACUUCAGUGUUUGAUCUUGUGACCUUGACCUGGAAGUUUGACCUACUUUUAAUAAGAAUCUAUCUAAUAUCUCUUGAACUAUUUUAGAUAGACUUUUCAUAUUCUGCAUGUAGAUUUCUUAUGGCAAGGUCUUCAUUUCAUGCCAUGAUCUAUGACCUUUUUCUUAUUCAGAACAGCAAGAUAAUGUUAGUCAUAACCAGUGGCGGAUCUAUACCUUACUGUGGGGGGUUUUGAGGCCCAAAGGGAUGGAGGGGGUUAACCCCCUUCCAUUGGGGGGGGGGGUCUGGGAAAAUCUUAGAAUAAUUGAUUUAAAAUGGUGCAUUUUCGACUGAAAUUCUUGUUCCUUUCAUUCAUAGUCACCACAUCCUUUAUAGGUUCAGAUGUGGUAAAAUCAAAAGUGGGGGGGGUCCAAACCAAACCCCCCAACCCCUUAAAUCCGCCACUGAUAAUGGUGUUGAGAUAUCUCUGUGUAAUAUGAAUUUGUUUUCAGAUGUUGUGAUCAUUUGGGGCCACAAUAUGGGAUCAAAAUUUUUCAUGGGAAUAAAGAUUGAUAAAAGAAAAUAUUUUAAAAAUCACAACAGCUGAACCAUGGCGUGGCCAAAGUGAUUCGGGUGAUCGAUGUGACCCAUAGGCCUCUUCUUUAUUGUUGAUAGCAACAUCAGCUACGUAUUUUACUUCAGUAAAUUUAUUUCAUGUAUAAUUGUUCUGAUGAAGAUUGCCUUAAGGUCGAAACAGGCCAACCAAAUAAAAUUAACAUUGUAUCCUCA